CAGUUCGGAGCUCAGAAGGUAAACGCUAAACCGCGCAGUAACCCCGCCGUCGAUCCUUGCAAAAGAAAAACCUAGUCAAAACCCGCCGAUUCUUCUUGUUUGUGGGACACCAGAACCACCCAGGAAAUGGGCUGCUGCAAGCAUGUCUCCUUCAAUCAUCUCUUCUCGCAGAAAUCAUCUUCCUUCAUCCCCUUUUCUAGACCAUGUUUGUUGAAGUCUAAUGAUUGUUGGGUAGUUUUUUGUUCCAAUACCAGGAAGAAGGCGAAAUCUUGUUCAUUCCGGUCAUGGCAACCGCAGGUUUCUUCUUCCUUCCGGGCGUGCAAGGGGGUUCGGGCGGAGGCUGGUUCUGGAAUGGUGGCGGCGAUGGAGGGUUCGAAAGUGGGGAAGAGGACUGAUAUAAAGAAAAUCAUGAUUCUUGGGGCGGGACCGAUUGUGAUUGGGCAAGCUUGUGAGUUUGACUAUUCUGGGACGCAAGCGUGCAAAGCGCUGAAAGAAGAAGGGUACGAGGUUAUUUUGAUUAAUUCGAACCCGGCCACCAUCAUGACUGACCCGGAUAUGGCCGACCGGACUUACAUUACUCCCAUGACGCCGGAAUUGGUGGAGCAAGUCCUGGAAAAGGAGCGUCCUGAUGCCCUGCUUCCGACGAUGGGUGGGCAAACCGCACUCAAUCUUGCAGUAGCAUUAGCGGAGAGCGGCGUCCUGGAAAAAUAUGGUGUUGAGCUGAUUGGUGCUAAGCUUGGUGCCAUAAAGAAAGCAGAGGACAGGGAUUUGUUCAAGCAAGCAAUGAAAAACAUUGGAAUCGAUACCCCACCUUCUGGUAUAGGGAAUACUUUGGAGGAAUGCAUAGAGAUUGCCAAUGAGAUUGGGGAGUUUCCUUUGAUCAUCAGGCCUGCAUUUACUCUGGGUGGCACUGGUGGUGGCAUUGCAUAUAACAAGGAGGAGUUUGAGGCCAUUUGUAAGGCGGGGUUAGCUGCGAGCUUAACUUCACAGGUCCUGGUGGAGAAAUCUUUGUUGGGGUGGAAAGAAUAUGAGCUUGAGGUGAUGAGGGAUUUGGCUGAUAAUGUGGUGAUUAUAUGUUCUAUUGAGAAUAUUGAUCCAAUGGGGGUACAUACUGGGGAUUCUAUUACAGUGGCACCAGCACAGACACUGACAGAUAAGGAGUAUCAGAGGCUGCGGGAUUAUUCAAUUAAGAUUAUAAGGGAGAUUGGAGUGGAGUGUGGAGGCUCGAAUGUUCAGUUUGCCAUUAAUCCUGUGGAUGGGGAGGUGAUGGUGAUUGAGAUGAACCCGAGGGUGUCACGGUCCUCUGCUUUGGCUUCCAAAGCAACGGGGUUUCCUAUAGCAAAAAUGGCUGCUAAGUUGUCUGUUGGAUACACUUUGGAUCAGAUUCCAAAUGAUAUCACCAAGAAGACUCCUGCUAGUUUUGAGCCUUCUAUUGAUUAUGUGGUAACCAAGAUCCCACGGUUUGCAUUUGAGAAGUUUCCUGGUUCUCAACCAGUCUUGACAACCCAGAUGAAGUCGGUUGGUGAAGCCAUGGCUCUAGGCCGGACAUUUCAAGAAUCAUUUCAGAAAGCUGUUCGGUCACUGGAGAGUGGUUACUCUGGAUGGGGAUGUGCAAAGGUUAAGGAGCUUGACUGGGAUUGGGAACAACUUAAGUACAGUCUCCGUGUUCCCAGUCCAGACCGUAUUCAUGUCAUAUAUGCUGCAAUGAAGAAAGGGAUGAAGGUAGAUGAGAUUUUUGAGCUGAGCUUUAUUGACAAAUGGUUCCUGACGCAGCUUAGAGAGUUGGUAGAUGCGGAGCAAUUUCUUCUAUCUCGAGGUUUGUCUAAUCUGACAAAGGAUGAUUUUUAUGAAGUCAAAAAAAGAGGGUUCAGUGACAAGCAGAUAGCUUUUGCAACCAAGUCAUCAGAAAAGGAAGUCAGGGCAAAGCGAGUAGCAUUAGGAAUUACUCCGGCAUACAAGCGUGUGGAUACUUGUGCCGCAGAAUUUGAAGCUAACACUCCUUAUAUGUAUUCAUCCUAUGAUUUUGAGUGUGAAUCAGCUCCCACUCAAAAGAAGAAGGUUUUGAUUUUAGGUGGAGGACCAAACCGUAUUGGUCAAGGAAUUGAAUUUGACUACUGUUGUUGCCAUACGUCUUUUUCUCUUCAGAGUGCUGGAUAUGAGACAAUCAUGAUGAAUUCAAAUCCUGAAACUGUUUCUACAGAUUAUGAUACAAGUGAUCGUCUAUACUUUGAACCCUUGACAGUUGAAGAUGUUCUUAAUGUUAUUGAUCUAGAAAAGCCUGAUGGCAUCAUUGUUCAGUUUGGAGGUCAAACACCCUUGAAGCUGGCUCUUCCCAUCCAGCAGUACUUGGACGAGAGCAAACUUUUAUCUGCCAGUGGGGCUGGCCAUGUGCGCAUCUGGGGUACAUCACCAGAUUCUAUUGAUGCAGCUGAGGACAGGGAGAGGUUCAAUGCAAUUCUUAAGGAGUUAAACAUUGAACAGCCAAAAGGAGGCAUUGCCAAGAGUGAAGAUGAUGCUCUUGCCAUUGCAUCAGACAUAGGCUACCCAGUGGUUGUGCGACCCUCCUACGUGUUGGGUGGCCGUGCUAUGGAGAUUGUAUAUUCUGAUGAGAAGCUUGUAACAUACUUAGAGAAUGCAGUUAAGGUGGAUCCAGAACAGCCUGUAUUGAUUGACAAGUAUUUAUCUGAUGCAAUUGAGAUUGAUGUAGAUGCACUUGCUGAUUCAUAUGGUAACGUGGUCAUUGGGGGAAUAAUGGAGCACAUUGAGCAGGCUGGUGUUCAUUCUGGUGAUUCAGCCUGCUCAAUUCCUACACAGACUAUCCCUUCCUCUUGCUUGGACAUUAUAAGGUCAUGGACAACAAAAUUGGCCCAGAGGCUAGAUGUGUGUGGGCUCAUGAACUGUCAGUAUGCAAUCACAAUGUCUGGGGAGGUUUUCUUGCUUGAGGCUAAUCCUCGUGCUUCACGUACCGUACCAUUUGUGUCCAAGUCAAUUGGGCACCCACUGGCUAAAUAUGCUGCUCUUGUGAUGUCUGGAAAAUCACUUCAUGAUCUAGGUUUUACAAAUGAGGUGAUCCCACAACACGUGUCAGUUAAAGAAGCAGUGCUUCCAUUUGAGAAGUUCCAAGGCUGUGAUGUGGUGUUAGGUCCUGAGAUGAAAAGCACUGGUGAGGUGAUGGGUAUUGAUUAUGAAUUUGCAAUAGCAUUUGCCAAAGCCCAAAUUGCUGCUGGGCAGAAGCUUCCAAUGUCUGGUACUGUGUUCCUUAGCUUAAACGACUUGACAAAGCCCCAUCUUGAAAGGAUUGCAAAGGCCUUCUUGGGGCUAGGAUUCAAGAUUGUCUCAACUUCUGGGACAGCACACUUCCUUGAACUUAAAGGUAUCCCAGUGGAACGAGUGUUGAAAUUACAUGAGGGUCGCCCACAUGCUGGUGAUAUGGUUGCUAAUGGGCAGAUCCAGCUUAUGGUGAUCACAAGCUCUGGUGAUGCACUUGAUCAGAUUGAUGGGAGACAGCUGAGGAGAAUGGCUCUUUCGUACAAAGUUCCUAUAAUUACAACUGUUGAUGGAGCUUUGGCCAGUGCAGAGGCAAUCAGAAGCUUGAAGUCAAGCACUAUUAAGAUGAUUGCAGUUCAGGACUUCUUUGAUGCUGAAGUAGAAAAAGGGGCUAGUGAAAACUUGCUGUCUGCUUCAUCCUCUCUAUGAAUCAAGUAAGAACUAGAUUUGUUUCCCCUAUGUUAUCUUCUAUACAUUUUAAGCAUGUUUUUCACUACCUCGGUCGGAGUGGUUUCAGUCUUAAGUUGUUUACCAUAUCAAUUUCUUAGUGUUUCAUCUUUUACUCUAUUGUAUGAGUUUUGGAAGCACCAAGGAAAUGUAAUAAUUUAUCUUAUGCCUGGUUUUGAUAUCCAGUGCCUGUACCUUGUUUCUUUCCUCGCACAAUAAAAUAAAAUUUGAUCA